CCAUACUGUAUACUGAGUGGAACGAAUGAGCCAAAAGAAACACGAAUUAUAGAUCACAUACCCUCAGCAACGCUUUGUGUUACAACAAGGAAAGUCGGAAUGGGAAACACAGGAUCAUCGGCGUCGCCGCUAUCGGCAGGGACUUCAGUUAGUAUCAUGGUCGAUCAAAGAGAAUCGGAAUCGAAAAUGAUGGCUGUUGCAAGCAAAAUAUCCCUGCGAAAGGCCCGAAUAUUGGCAUUGCGAACUGCGAUGUUACACUUUUCUGACGACUCGGGAAUGAUACAUCGAGAUGGAUUUGACAAAGCUUUGGUCUAUGCCAACCUUUCGCAAGUCAAUGUCCUCGAUCUGUUGUUCACCAUGUGGGAUACUGCUCGCGAUGAAAAAGUAUCAGUGAAAGACUUUUGUAUAGGAAUUUCCCCUUUGGCGUGUCCGCAGGAUGACCUUUCGUCAACAAUAGAUUUUGCUCUUCGCAUGAGUUGUGAGAACGGUGUGCAAUACAUCAAUAGACAAGGUUUGCGUGGGAUUUUGACGGGUAAGUCAUCUCAGUUCCAAAGUGGAUGAGUUUCAGAAAUUUCCAUAUUGAUAUAGCGAUAGAAAUUAAAGCUUCCUCUGGUUGUUGUUCAUCGCACCAAUUUUAAAAUCCAAACAGGGAUAAAUUCGACCGCAUCAUAUUUUGGAGACUCGCAUCUGUCGCAGGAAGAGAUCGAGAAAAUAGUGCAAACUGUUUUUGAGGGCGAAGUAGACCAGAGCCAUGAAGGUAAGCAAGCUAUUGGGGUUAUUUGGUACUUGCUAAUGCUGUGUAGAUACAAUCCAUCGUUGACUAGGCUUUUUCCAACACUUUGUGCUGCAUUCCUCUACCAUUAGAUUGUAGCAUUGAACUAUCGAGGAAUCCGUACGUAAAACGCUUCGCAUCGGGUAGAAAGAGGUCCAAUGUUCGGUUCAAAGAGGAUUUGGUGACAGAAUACGUAUUUGAAAAAGACGGUCUCGUGACGGAAUACGAGACAAAUGAUGGAGGCGCUCGAGUAACAUCAUCGACGAUUAUCUUUAAGGAACGCGAGCCCGAGUCUAUAGAAUCGAGGGAUGAUGUCGAUUCAUAUACAGAACAGUACCUUCCACUUACGGAGACCAGAGAAGGACCCUCUUUGGACACAAGAGAGGAAUCAGAAAAUAGUAGUAACUGCGGCAACUCUGUCGCUCAAAAUCGCGACCCACCUUCUUCUGACAUUCAUGGCAAGGUCCCAAGCUAUACGGACAUCCGUGAUCCUCCUUGCAGGAACUCGUAUUCGACAUACCGACGAAUACCAUCUAUAGCAGGAUCAAGAGACCCACCAGCAAGAGUGAAUGAAUAAUUUAUAUUUUUUGUACAUAACCCGUCUCCAUAAUUUCAUUGUGAAAUGUUCCGAAAUGAAAACACAAUUGAGGCCAAUACAUCGAAUUGGGGGGGUUCUAUUGGGACGUUCAUCACUUAUAGCUCGUCUCGUCUAUGGCAUCUUAAGCUUUCGUUGCUGCUGCUGCAAGCAUGGCACAACUCCCAUCUCCUUUUCAGUUCCUUAUUGACAUUCGAUACUCUGGCAGUUCGUAGUACUACGUACGUACUCGUAUUCGAUCCAAACGCAACUAAACUAAAACCUUAAAA